CUAUUUGAUUCUCAUCUCUCCUUCUUUACGGUUACACCACCCAUUUUCAAUCUCCUCACUUCUCUCCUUCUACUAAUCUUCUUUUUUUGAGUCUCUUCACUCUUCAAUCAUGUUUUAAUUUCCUUCUGACAAUUUCCCCCAACACAAUCUCUUUCUUCUCUUUUGUCUUCUGAUUGAUGUUUUAAGAUUCUGUGUCAGAGAAAUUUGCCUUUGUCUUUCUGAUUUUCUGAGAAAGAGGACCCCUUUCUGUCAGAUACAAAAUCUCUAAUCUCCAAAACUUACUUGCAAGUACUGUCCUGCAUCAUUAUCAAUACCCAACUGCCCAAAAAAAUCCUAGAGAACAACUCCUUCAUGAAUCCUCAUCGCAACUCCUCUUCUUUAAACCCUAGUUCAUUAAAAUCUAGGUUUACUGAAAACUUUCUUCGAUCUUUGGUUAAAAUAAACAAACAAACACCUUAUCCAUGUCGUCUUAGAGAGAUGUUUCAACGAUGUCAUAAAGUUAAGACUGCUGCUGAUGUAUCCCUUGCUUGUGCUGUUGGGUCAAGAAGAAUUUGGAGUAGAGUAAUGCUUAGCAAGAUUCGAAAGCGAGCUCUGAGGAGGGGAACCCAGAAGCCUUCUUCAGUUAGAAGAAUCAUCGUUAAAAAUCAACCCAUGAAAAUGGGUUAUAAUCGUUUAAAGGAGAAGAACAAGAAGAGAGACGAUGAAGAAGCUGAUACCGAGACUGAUCAAGCCAGUAAGCUAAGAAAGCUGGUGCCUGGAGGUGAAGCUAUGGAUUUAUGCAAUUUGUUGGAUGAAGCUGCACAUUACAUCAAGUGCCUUAACACCCAAGUACAGGUGAUGAGAUGCAUUGCUGAUUUCUACUCUACUUGAGCUCUCUCCCUCCCUCCCUCUAUACAUACACACACCCUAUUUUAUAUAAAAUAGAAUUAAGUACAGAAGCAGGGAAUCCUAGAAGAGAAAAAAAAUAUUAAUCUAUGGCAUAAAAAGAGAAAUCCAGGCCUUCAUGUGAAAAGUUUAUGUAAUUCAGGAGAACAAUAGCCCUAAUAAUUUCUAUGUAUGGCAAUGCAUGUACUGAACCAGAUGAGCUUGAUGUUUGUGAAAAGCAAUGGGUACUAUUAUAUCUUUACAUA